AUGGGAAUCAUGGGGGCUAGCACGAAAGCCAAAAUCAGCUUGGCGCUCUUCGACGACAACGACACGACGGUGGAGAUGUCGGAUUUGGAGGCUUGGGGCGAGCUGAUGGGCCUAAAUCAUGACUACUUCGAGCGCGGCAACCUCGACAUCUUCAGCGGGAGAGGGGAUUGCCUCAUCGGACUGGCUUGCAAGAUGCGCCUGACAUUGUACGGCUCUGGCCUGCUUCCAGGUUGGUAUUGCAGUCACUUAGAGAUGGAUCCUAGGGUUAAGGAUGUAGAUACUGGAGAGGGAACUUAUGACUUGGAGGCUUCUAGUGAGGAGGAAUUUGAUACUUCCACGUUGCCAAGGGGUAUAGCCCAUCAAGUCAUUGCAAAAAUGAGGAAGGAACCUAGAGAGCAGAACUGCCCAUCUAUAGACUAG